AUGGCGCAGUUUCAGCGUAAACAUGUCUCGCGAUUGGUCCCUACGGACCACAGGCUGCUCAUGCCUCUGCUUCUUGGUGUGACUAUUGUCAACUCGGCAACUCUAGGAUACGAUUCAUCCGUCAUGAACGGCCUUCUCAUAUUACCCGCUUACUCGGACUACUUCAAACUCAGCACUGCCACGGAGGGUCUCAACAACGCCGCAAUGUGGAUGGGAGGAAUUCUUGGAGCUUUCCUCAUGCAGCCCAUUCCGGAUCACUUUGGCCGCCGCCGUGCGAUCCUUAUAGCCUCAAUCGUCACCAUUGUUGGCUUAAUCCUACAGACCGCCUCUCAGAAUAUCGGCAUGUUCGUUGUCGCUCGGAUUAUCGUUGGGAUCGGAUCUGCCAUAAGCAACGGAGCAGCGCCAACUUUGCUAGGUGAGCUUCUUCCCCCUCGCCAGCGGGCUCGCAUCCUUGGUCUCUUCUUCUCAUGCUUCUACGUCGGAAGUUUGGCAUCGUCCAUUGUCAACUACGGUAGUCAGAACAUUCAGGGCACUUGGUCAUGGCGGCUGCCAUCACUCCUCCAGCUUAUCCCCAGUCUACUAGCUAUUAUUAUUGUGCCUUUCGUUCCCGAAUCCCCCCGCUGGUUAAUUGCGCACGAGCGGAAUGAUGAGGCCCUGGAAGUUCUGAUUAUCAUGCAGGGCAAAAAGAAGACUGACACACAAGAUGGCAGCGAACAGCUUCGUGAGAUUAGGGAUACCCUCAUUCAUGAGGCGGAAGAGUACCCGCGCAACCCUUGGAGGGAGAUUGUCUCGACAAAAGGCAAUCGACGGAGACUGUUUAUCUUGUGUACUUUCGGUCCAAUGAUCAACAUGUUUGGUAAUUUCAUCAUAUCGUACUACUUGACAAAGAUCCUAAGUCAAGCUGGCAUUACGGAAACAGUAACUCAAACUCAAGUUCAAGUUAUUAUCAAUUGCUGGUCGUUUGCGGUUGCAAUUAUCGGUAGCUUCAUGCUUGACAUUCUUGGGCGAAGAGUGCAGUUGUUGAUUGGUAUAAGUGGGAUGGUGAGUAUGUUACUGUUAAUCGGAGGAUUGAUCAAACGCUACGGCGGAUCCAGCGACACAUCCGGCAUCUACGGUACCAUCGCCGCCAUUUUCUUGUUCCAAGGCUUUUACGCCUUCUCCGUUUGCCCUAUGACAAGUCUGUACCCGACGGAAAUAUCACCAUUCAAGCUACGUACAACGGGUAUUGCUAUCUUUCGAAUGCUAGAUUCAUCCUUUGGUCUCCUCGCGUCCUUCGCCAUGUCUUACGCAAUGGCAGAUCUGGGAUGGAAAUUCUACUUCAUCAACGCCUCGUGGGACUUUGUCUUCCUCAUCAUCGUAUACUUUACUUAUGUCGAGACGAGCAAACUUAAGUUGGAGGAGAUCAACGCCAGGUUUGAAAGGACACAAGUUCUUGCCGGCUUAGUUGACGAUUCGUCUUCGGGCGUUGUUAGGAGAGAUACUAAGGAUGGAGAGGUUGUCGAGAAGACUAGGGAGGUUUAA